AUGAACCGUGCGAAUGACGAUGGCGAUAGUGGCGCCACCGCACGACGACGACGACGACUUUGGCUGUCCAUCAACGAUGAGCAAGAGAGCUGGUUUGCGCAGCGGGUUCAGCAACCGGCAGAGCUCAUAUACCAGAGAUAUUUCGUAGAGCUGGUUCUGCGCCAGAAACCGCUCCCUCCCUCCAAAGAGGGCCGACAUGUCCCGCUGCGAGCAUUACAUCAAGAGCAUCUCAUCGACGAGCGUCGCGGCCAUGGAUAUAUAUCGAACACGAUACGGUCCUCACGAUACACCUUCUGGGACUUCCUGCCGAGACAGCUGAUCUUCCAAUGCACGCGCCUGCAUAAUGUCUUCUUCAUAUGCAUCGGUGUGCCCCAGACAAUCCCGGGACUGUCUACAACCGGAAACUAUACGACCAUCCUACCGCUCACAUUUUUCAUCCUCUUGACUGUCAUCAAAGAGGGCUACGAUGACUACUGCCGGCAUCGAAUGGAUAACAUUGAGAACAACCUUUUGGCGACAGUCCUUCGGUCGAGCGAUCAUGUCAGCGAUGAGCCAGUGGCUACGAGGCGCUUGGAAAGAGCUGUGUCGGCAUUCUCCGAGUUCUCAGUUCUACGAUGGAAAGGCAAGGCUGCGAAUGCUGAGACCGUGGAAGAGAAAGAGCUCGAUCAAGACGAUGAGAUCAAGUGGGCCAAGACCAAAUGGCAUAGCGUCAAAGUUGGAGACAUCAUCAAGCUGAAGCGAGAUGAGCCCGUCCCUGCAGACAUUGCUCUGCUCUACGCAGACGGAGAGAAUGGCGUCGCCUAUAUCGAGACCAUGGCGCUGGAUGGAGAGACAAAUCUCAAGAGCAAGCAAGCUUUGCCUUCGCUUUCUCGAACAUGCCGUAAUCUGAGCGACUUGAAGAACUGCCAUGCUGAGUUCGUACUCGAGGACCCAAACAAGGAUCUCUACGACUUCAAUGGCAGAGUGACGAUUGGGGACGAGACUCUACCACUCACAUUGAAUGAGGUAGUGUUUCGAGGAAGCAUCUUGCGGAACACUGACUACGCCAUCGGCCUUGUGAUCAAUUCGGGCGAGGAAUGCAAGAUUCGAAUGAACGCCAACCACCACCCCAAGGCAAAGAAGCCGCGAUUGGAGAAAUAUGCCAAUCAGGUCGUAUUAACCCUUAUCUUCUACGUCGUGAUCCUCUCCGUCGGAUUUUCAGCCGGCUACCUCAUGUGGCACGAUGACUUCGAGGAUAGCACCUGGUACUUGCAAGACGCCGCUCCACAGUUCAAGCAGAUCAUCGUGGGCUUCCUGAUCAUGUUCAAUAACGUCAUCCCGUUAGCACUGUACGUGAGCUUGGAGAUCGUGAAGAUCGGGCAGAUGCUCAUGGUGCAGAGCGAUGUUGAGAUGUAUGAUGAGGAUUCGAACACGCCGAUGAUUUGCAAUACCAAUACGAUCUUGGAGAACUUGGGCCAGGUCAGCUAUGUUUUGUCGGACAAGACUGGGACGCUGACCGAGAAUGUUAUGCGUUUCCGAGGCAUGAGCUUGGGCGGUGUUGUUUGGAUGCAUGGCAAAGACUCUGGUGGUGAAGGUGAAGCGUCCAAGCACGACGAGGCUGAUUUAAAGCAUGUCGUCAAGAUGUCAGAGGAGGCAUCCAAAGACAAAGCAGGAAGCCCGUCCCCUGAUGCUGUGGGUGUUGUGGUUGAAGAGAUUGAAGUUCCGACUCCAACUCGUGAGCGUUCACAACCUCGAGUGUCCCAGGCCCUUUCUCGCCCAUCUCUCAAUCGCACACGUUCGACCCAGACCCAACGAACAACGAAGGAGCUGCUCGACUUCAUGAAGCACGAUCCGACAUCUACAGUAGCAAGGAAAGCUCGCGAGUUCAUACUUGGCCUUGCCAUCUGCCAUACCGCUUUGCCGGAAGUCAACGACGGCAAGAUCGACUUUCAAGCUUCAUCGCCUGACGAAUUGGCGCUUGUGCGUGCUGCCCAGGAUAUGGACUUCCUUCUCAUCCAACGCUCCUCGCAGCGUAUUGACCUGAACGUCGGCGAGGAGACGGAGAGCUAUGAAAUUCUGGAAGUCAUCGAGUUCAGCAGCAAGCGUAAACGAAUGUCGAUCGUCGUGCGCUGCCCCGGCGGCCGCAUCUGGUUCAUUUGCAAAGGUGCAGACAGCGCCAUCAUUCCUCGUCUGCGACAGAACGAGUUGGCAGCGAGGAAGUCACAAGAGGUUCGACGUAGCAUGGAUAUCGGACGUCGCAAGCAACGCAAGAGUGAACAGCACGAAGCGCGAAACAGCCUCGGAGCCAGACCAAGCUUGGGGAUUCGCGGUAGGAGUUCAAUGGAUAUUCGCCCUUCUUUUGGCAUCAGCAGAGUCACGCUUGAGGUGCCUGGCAUGGAUCAUGUCGUUCGACACAGCUUGCAGAACGACUUGAAACGAUUCGAGAAUGCUGAUGACUCUACACUCUUCACCCGAUGCUUCAAACACAUCGACGACUUUGCCACGGAGGGCUUACGAACGCUGCUUUACGCGCACAAGUACCUCGACGAAGAAGAGUAUGCAAGUUGGAAGAAAGUGUAUCAAGAAGCCACCACUUCUCUUGUCCAUCGACAGGAACGGAUCGAAGCUGCUGGUGAAAUGAUUGAACAAGGAUUUGAUCUUCUAGGCGCUUCAGCUAUCGAGGACAAGCUUCAGAAGGGAGUGCCAGAGACGAUUGAUCGACUACGACGAGCGAACAUUCGUAUCUGGAUGCUCACAGGCGAUAAGCGGGAGACAGCCAUCAAUAUCGCGCACUCCGCGCAAAUAUGCCAGCCGUCAUCCCUGAUCUAUAUCCUCGAUUCAACAAAAGGCGACCUCCCCGGCCAGAUGAGCGAGAUUGUAAACGAUGAUGACACGCAUAGAGUGGUGGUCAUCGACGGACACACUCUAUCCAUCGUCACCGCGCAGCCCGACCUGCGCCACAUAUUCUACACAGUCCUCAUCGCCAACGUCGACUCAUUCAUCGUGUGCCGGGCGAGUCCUUCACAAAAAGCCGAAAUUGUCAAGGGCAUUCGAUCUCGUCUCCCCGCUCUCACGCUCGCUAUAGGUGACGGAGCCAACGACAUCGCCAUGAUACAAUCAGCCCAUGUAGGAAUCGGGAUAUCGGGCAAAGAAGGACUACAAGCCGCCCGCGUAGCCGACUACAGCAUCGCUCAAUUCCGCUUCCUUCAACGCCUGAUCCUCGUCCACGGUCGAUAUCAGUAUGUCCGAACUUCCAAAUUCGUUCUUUUAACUUUCUGGAAGGAGAUGUUUUUCUACAUGAUGCAGGCGCUUUACCAGCGCUACAAUGGCUUCACUGGAACUUCUCUGUACGAAUCUUGGUCCCUGACAGUCCUCAAUACCCUCUUUACCAGCCUAUGCGUUAUAGUGCCAGGCAUAUUUGAAAUUGACCUGCGUCCCGAUACCCUCCUGGCCGUCCCCGAACUCUAUGUGUACGGCCAACAAAACCAAGGCCUAAACCUCAAAAUGUACGUGGCCUGGAUGAUCCACGGCGCGGGCUGCGGCAUCGCCGUCUGGUACAUUAUCUGGGCCUCGUACGGACACUUCAACGUCAUGGGCGACAACGGCCUCUUCGCCCUGGGAGACCUCGCCUUCACGCUCGGAAUCAUCUGGACGAACUGGAAACUCUUCAUGAUCGAGACGCACUACAAAACGCUCAUCGUGGGGAUUUCCUUCUUCAUCACCGUCGCAGGGUGGUUCGCGUGGAAUGGCUUCAUGUCGGCGAUUUAUAUGAACAACCUCUCGCCCUACGAUGUCAAAGGUGGGUUUAGCGAUACCUUUGGCAAGGAUGCGAAUUGGUGGUUGACGAUGCUGGUGGCGUUUGUGGUGCUCGCGACGGCCGAAUUGGUGUAUCUUAGUGUGAAGAGGCGGUUGAUGAGGGAGGGGUUGUGGUUUGGGAUGAAGGGCGAGUUGGAGGCUUGGCAGGAGAUGGAGAGGGAUGAGAAGGUGAGGGAGAGGUUAGGGAGGGUUGCGAGGGGGGAGGAUCGGGAUGAAGAUUAUGAUGGGGUGGAGGGCUGA